GAGAGGAGAAGAAGCGGCCGCCAUCUUCCGCGCUCAUCUGCUCCACACACGGCGAGAGAGAAUGAGCGUGAAGCCGGAGAUUUAAAGCACGGAUCGGUCCGAAACAGAGCCGAGGAGUGAGGGGAGCGCUCCCGGAGGCGCGGGCGGGCCGGAUUGUGGUGUAUGGAACAGCGCACUUCGGAGUAUUUUGUCGGGUUUGCUGAGCUGACGGGCGGCGGGGUUGCAGCCUCGGCACUUUCGCCCAUUUCGUGACUGUGAAAGCGGGACUCGCGUAAGAAGCCGCUCGGUACGCAGCGGAGCUCCAGGAAUGCACAAGAGCGCGACUGAUUCGGUUUAAUAUCGUUAUUUACGGUACGUGUGUGGAAUCGGUACCGAAAUUCCCUCGCGCCCGUCACGUGGGUUUGUAGGUGGGCUGGCGUUGCCGAGCGCAGAAGCAGGCCGCUGUGCCCUUCCCGCGGCCCUGCAUGGCCGCGAUGGCGCCCGCUUUGACCGACGCCCCGUCCGAAGCCCGCCACAUCCGCCUGAAACUGGCCGCAGAGAGCAACGGCAGCUCGGCUAACCUCCUCCUGUCCUCCUCCGUCUCCCCGGCGGAUACGGCGGGCGCCGACGGCAGACGUCGGCGCCGCUGCAACGGUGCGGAGCCGCUGGCCGAGCCGCUGAGCCUGGGGAAGCUGCAGCCGCUGGUGGCGUCCUAUCUGUGCUCGCAUGUGGCUCCUGUCGCCGAGGAGGGCGUCCUGAUCAAACCGUCGGCGCUGAAGAGGCGGGGCUUACUGAACGGAGAUCUGCUGCUGCGUCAAGCUCUGAGCGGCGGCCAGCCCAAAGCUCUCGCCAACGGAGGAGCGGCGACGGGAGGAGGAGGCGGCACCAUGGUUCCGGUCAACGCGCUGGCUAAGAAAGUGGCGGUGCCCAGCACGGCGCUGCCCGAGAAAGGCAGCGUGGCAACGGUGAACGGUGACAACGCCAAGCCACCCGCCAGCGCCCGGUCUCUCCUACAGGUCUCCUCUAAGUCUGGAGGCGUCGCGCCGGCGUUUUCUACGCCAAACGGAGACUCCAGGCCGGAGCACGCGCUCAGGAGAGUAUCGGAGGCCACGGACGUAAACGACUCGUCUGUGAGUCCAGCGGUCAAAUCUAAAGCGCCCCCUAGUGGUCGGUCACAUCAUGUCAGCGAUGAAGCGCUUAGGAAGGCGAACUGUAGUAACCCCGAGCACCCCGACCCUCCCCAGAGCCCGGCGCCGCCCCGAAGCGCCCCGCGCCCGUGCUCUUCGACGCCCUCUUCGGGCGUGGAGGCGCUCCUCCUCCGCGAGCGCGUGCAGCAGAGCCAGCGCAGGCAGACGGACGUUUCGGCGCGGCUGCAGCGCCUGUGCAAGCGGCUCCAGGUCGUCCAGGCCAAGCAGGUCGAGCGCCACGUCCACCAGCAGCUCUCGGGCUUUUCACGCCACGCCCGUACGGCCCCGCUCCCGAGGGACGGCUCCGUGGCCCCCGAGCUGGACGAGCUGCACCUGAGCGGCACCGCCGGCCUGCACGCGGCGGAGGCGCGGUUCGACUCCGACGCCACCGAGAGCAGCUCGGGCGGCGAGAGCGACGUGGAGGAGGAGGAGCUUAGCAGAGCGGACAUCCAGCAACGCCACAUCAAACUAUGGAGACGAGCGGAGGGACGCUUGGCCCUGGAGAGAGCUUCCAUCAUAAGUCGCUGGACGUGGCUGCAGGCCCACAUCUCGGACCUGGAGUACCGCAUCAGGCAGCAGUCCGACAUCCUCCGGCAGAUCCGAGCCGGCAAGGGCGUGGUGGAGCUGGAGAGCCCCUGUUCCUCGGCAGACCCAGCCAGGACGGAGCGAGUGGAGGACCAGGUUUCUCAGAGUGGCAGAGGUGACAUGAAUCCUGCCAGCAGGUGUGAUGAACCUUAUAACAGGCUUCUGUACAGCGCGGCGGAACCGUCGGAACCGUCGGAUGCGGCGGCGUCUUCAUCCUCUGACGGCGGCUGUUCAACUGCACGCGUCCGAGCGCUGAUCAGCUGCAAGAGACGCCGUCUGGUCCAACCAGGAACGUUUCAGGCUCUCAACAGCAAGGUACCUAAAAUGUGUUCCCAGACCCGACCGUGUGACAUCAACCCCUGGUGUUGGACGUGUGGGAACGGUUGGCGCGGCCCCACGCGAGAGCUGGAGUUUCGGCGCCCCCUGGUGGAGCGAGUGUCUCUGCUGGACUACAGUAUCCACCCGUCACUCUCCCUGCGGUCAGACGUUCCUCUCGCCGUGCUGCUCCAGAAGGCGCUGAAGUCGCCGGGACGGACGCGGCACACGGAGAAACCCGAACCCCCGAAGAAGCCCCCGCUCAGACACGAGCUCUACUCGGCCUCGUCCCUAUCUGCUCUGUCCAGGCACAAGUUCAGACUGUCCAGCUCACACAGAGCGGCCAUCAGGUCGGCGAGUCACAAAAGCAGGUCGGAAAGGUCCCGGAAGCACCAGAGUGACGCCGGCGUGCGCUCGCCUAAGAUGGAGGCGCAGACCCCCUGCAGGCCGGGGCGAGUACUGCACCGGGGUCUCGGCCGGAGGAGGCUCGGAGAGGACUCGUCCGAGCGGACGCGGGUUCCGAAGCUGGAGCCUGACGCCGAGAGCUGGAGUCCAUCUCAGCCCGGCAUCCUGCCCACCACGCCCGCUCUCGGACAGAUGUGCCAGCCCAGCGACAGCUCUACACCUCUGCCCCCCGGCGCCCAGUCGGGCUCCUGCUCUGUGCCGGUCAGAAAGCGGCGAGGCGAGAACUCCUUCGACAUCAACAACAUCGUCAUCCCCAUGUCUGUAGCCGCCACCACCAGAGUGGAGAAGCUUCAGUACAAGGAGAUCAUCACGCCGAGCUGGAGGGAGGUGGACGUCACUGCCCAGCCUCUGGCUGAUGAAGAUGAUUGUGUAGAGGUGGAGGACAUGUCUGAUGGUGCCUUCACACAGCUGCAUCAGAGGUGCGAGGAUCAGGAGCGCUCUCGCUGGAGGUGGAACGCUCUGGCUCCGGCCAAGAGGAGAGGCAGCAGGUCGUACAAGUCUCUGGACGGCGGGACCACGCCGUCCACCCCUCAGCCCUCGUCCCCGGACACGGGUCACUUCCACGCGCUGCAGGAUUACGGGCCGUUCCCGUCGCCCCUCAGCCCCCCCAGCCCCGACACGCCCUGCUCCCGGGACGCCCACACGCCGUCCUCCAAGGACUCGCACACGCCUCAGACGAGGGACGCUCAGCGGCCGGCGUGCGGCGAGGACACGCGCUGCUCCACCCCCGACUGCACCUACGAGGAGAAGACGGUGCAGCCGUGGGAGCGCAGGAGUUUCCCUCUCCCCGAGGAGCCGGAGGCGCCGGAGCCCAGAACGAAGCCGCGACCCCAUCAGAGACCCGACCGCAGGCCUGAUUCGGAGAGCGAAGCUUUGUCGCCGUAACGACAAUCUCCAGCACGAAGCCACGCCCGCGCUGCAGGGUGCCAGACCACGCCCGCUCUUUGGCAUUAACAGAAACACACGUAUAUGUAUCAAUAAAUAUAUAUAUUGGGAAGAAAAAAAAAGAACUCAUAUUAAAGCGAAUCUAUUAAUGUACAUCUGUUGUUUGAUAUUCAAACACCAGCCGAAUAUUUUCACAGUUUUUAGUGAAUCUUGAGGAACGUAGAGUUGUGAACCUGUCUCCUGCGGCUCUUUUCUUACAGAAAAUCAUACAAAACGUUUAUAAAGAAACUAAACUCCGUCAGUAUCCUGACCGCGGGUGAACUCUCGGCGUUCUCGGUGUGCUGGUGUUCUAACCCGUCAGGUGGACACUUCGUAGCGCACUAUGUAGCAGACUUGUGGACGGGGCCUCGACCAAAGGGUGUUUCCCUUCCUGACUGGUUUGUGUAGGCUUGUAAUGUGGAGUGACGACCAAAACCAGACCCCCCCCCCCCACCUUACAUUUUUAUUAAGGGUGAUUAAUAGACACGUCUCGAGGGUUCCUAGAAGCGCUUCAUAGAUGGUCAGAACGAUCCAUCACUCCGGUCCUGGUUCCGUGGUACACUCAUUCACCCCCCCCACGCCCGUCCGAGCCGAUUUAUUAUGUUUGGCAGACGGCGAUUAUAAAUCCCAGCCAUUGGGGUUUCUGUAGAUCCGUGAUGCAUCAUGUCGAGGGUUCGUCUCCGAUCGUACUUCCGUCCGGGUCGCUCGGUCACUCGGCUCGUCGUCUCCACCUUCUUUCUACAUCCUGUUGGGUUUGAUUCUGGUGAUUCAUGAACACAGAACACGUCACUCCCGGUAUGUGUUCACUCUCAGGUUCUCCCUGGUUUAUUCUGAACCGUCUCCUCCAUCCACCUCACCGUCUCCACGUCAUAGUUCUGUCCUGUAAUCGGCGCCGUCACCCUCGUCUAGAGGAACUACUGGCUAUGCAAAUCAUUAUGGCUCUCGACCGUCUCAUCAACCCCCCCCCCUACAUCGUCUCUCGUCUGUAGUUUCUUAAGACAGGUUUCAUGGUAACUUUUAAUUGUUUGAAAAGUUUAAUAAUUUGCAGACGAUAAAGCUUGUAAAUAGUACCAUUAAAAAAAUAAAACCUCUCAAACCAA